AGACUAUAUUAAAAUGAGGAGAGAAAACUCCUCUGCAUUACGAUCUGAGACGACUGCUCUCAGCUUAAAGGGUCAAAUGGAGAGCUUAGAAAAUGCAAACAGGAAUUGUGACGCCAGUUAUAACGCGUUGAUUUGUCAAGAUGACUUAAGCGAAGCCGAUCAUCCUGCUAGCCCUGGCAACCUAAAAGUGUCUGUGCCGAUUAAGGCAACGUCAAGACAUCAGAAGCCGACUGCAGUGAGCUUGGGGCUUCUCGCCGUCAUUCUCCUUGCAGUUGAUAUUGGUCUGGCUGUCCACUAUAAAAACCUCACAGACACACACCUCACAUUUGAAGAUGUGCUGCUGAUCAAGGAUGAUCUGACAAACCUCCACGACACUUACAAGACAGCAAUUGAAACAACAAACGAAGCCAGGAAACAGUUGGAUAAAGAGAUCAAUAACCAGAAAGAAAUCAUCUGGGAGCUUCAACACCAGACACAAAGAGUUGAACAAUAUGAAAAUCAGAUUGCGGAAACGCAGAAGAAGAUUGCAGCAUUGAAAACCCACAUACCAAUGACGCGUGAUGGUUGCAGGUAUUGUUUACCAGGCUGGAUUUUGAUUAACUCAAUUUGUUACUACUUCUCUUCGGACUAUGAGGGCCGCAAAAUGUGGGAAGACGCCAAUGAAAGCUGCAAAACGCAGGGAGGGAAACUGGCCAUCAUAGACAGCAAAGACAAACAGAACACAACUAUAACUUAUUUGUGGCAUCUGAAGAAGACUGGACCUUACUACAUGGAUGAUUUCUGGUUUGGACUGAGAACCACAGAGGGAGACUGGACAUGGCUGGAUGGAACACUACUGACUGAGGGGUACUGGAUUUAUCGGCAAAGCAGAUCUGGAUCUGGUGUUUCUUCUGACUGCGCCUGUGUUUCUGCAAAUGAAAACAUCUUCAGGGCUUGGAGAAAUAUGAGGUGUGACGAACAGAAGAGAUGGAUAUGUGAAAUGGCACCAACAUCUACAAGUUAAUACAUUUUGUUAAAGCAUUCAAUUUUAAAGCUAACAGCUUCCAUUAACUCCACCCAUGAGGCAGCUUCUCAAAUCUUUUUUAAUUCACAACACGAUGCAGGCCCGUAGCCAGUGGGGUGUGGGAGACUCAUCAUCCCCUUUUGGGUGAAAAUAUGUUUUUAAGACAUUUUUUUCAUGAUAAAAAUGAAACUGAAGCAAAUACAGUCAUCUAAAUAGUUUUCUAAUCCAUCCUAUGUAUUUACAUUUAUGGGUAACUAUCAAGUUUUCUAAGACAACCAACAACACAGGUAAUUUUUGCCAAAAAAAAAAUGACCCUCUCUCUAACAAUCCUUGCUGCAGGCCUGCAGCGUUGUACAUGUUGAUGAUUAAAUAAAAAGUAUGUUAAUAUAUUGUGCAUAUGUGUGUAUUCUUAAUGUUGGUGAUUCAUAUUACUGACAGAUGCUCUUCUCUUUUUUUAAUGUGAUGUAAGUUCUUUAUUGUCGAUAUUUUAUGUGUUCUCUGUUAAUAAAAUGGUUUUGUGAUUAGCAGUGUUCCAUAGCCAAAUGUCACAAUAUUUACAACUUUUUAAAAUCAGGCAUAGUUUAUAAAACAGUUCAGAAUUUAUUCAUAUUAAUUGAUUGAUGACUUAAGUUCUUUAAUGUCUGUAUUUUACAUGUUCUCCAUGUUUGUAAAGAGUUGUGUGAUUAUCAAUGCCUCAUCACCAUUUUCUAAAGAUUAAUAAAAAUAAUAAUAAUAAAAAUCAAUAGCACAUCUAAAUAUUUACUUUCUAAUAAGGUGCACCUUAUACAACCAUUGAUAAACUCUGAGCAUUAUUAAAGCUACAGUGUGUAGGAUUUAAAACAGACUAUAGUAAUAAUACCCAU